AUGGGUUUCUUUUUCUUUCUUUUCUUUUCUUUCGCACUUUUCUCUCCCUCCCUUCUCUGUUGCGCCUGUUAUGCACGGACUAGAAAAGCUAACCAAUCAAGCUACAUUGCUAACCACACGNCUGUUGUGCGGCACCUGCCGCGGGCCGGACGCGCUGCCCAGGACACGUACACCGUCGCCGCCGAGAGUGACACUGACAACUGGCAGCCAAUCCGCAUUCACGUGCACAAGGACAAGGUGGAGAAGGCAUUCACGGAGUGCUCCAAAAAGGUGUCGGAUUUGCCCAGCAUCAACAAUAGCGACACACACGAGUGCGGCCACAAGAACAGGAUCACAGCGGAGAGGAUG